UGAAACGGACAGACCUGAAAGUCAAGAUGGCGGCUAUUGGAGGUUUGCGGAGACUGUGCAAAAUCAGUUUCAAUGCAGUCUGCCAAAACAACCGACUGAAAGCUUCAGGACUCUGUCAGUAUAGAGCCUUCCGCGUUAAUGGCAUUCUGCACCAGCAGCCGUUUGACUCCCCGACAGAGAAGCCGCAGUUUCCUGGCGCCUCGGCGGACUUUGUGGAUCACCUGGAGUUCAUCCAGCCCAACGUGAUCUCGGGCAUCCCUGUUUACAGGGUGAUGGACAGGCAGGGUCAGAUCAUCAACCCGUCGGAAGACCCUCAGAUCCCAAAAGAAGAGGUGCUGAAUUUCUACCAGAAGAUGACUCUUCUGAACACAAUGGACCGCAUCCUGUAUGAGUCCCAGCGGCAGGGCCGCAUUUCCUUCUAUAUGACAAACUACGGAGAGGAAGGCACACACAUUGGCAGUGCUGCCGCUCUUGAUCCUAAUGACUUAGUCUUUGGACAGUACAGAGAAGCGGGUGUGUUGAUGUAUCGCGGCUUUCCGUUGGACCUGUUUAUGGCACAAUGCUAUGCAAACGCCGAUGACCUUGGCAAGGGCCGGCAGAUGCCUGUCCAUUAUGGCAGCAGGGACCUCAAUUUUAUCACCAUCUCCUCUCCUCUGGCCACGCAGAUUCCACAGGCGGCGGGGGCAGCCUACGCGAUGAAGAGAGAGAACACCAACCGCGUGGUGAUCUGUUACUUCGGGGAGGGGGCAGCCAGCGAGGGCGACGCCCACGCCGGGUUCAACUUUGCCGCCACGCUGGAGUGCCCCAUCAUCUUCUUCUGCCGCAACAACGGCUACGCCAUCUCCACCCCCACCAAUGAGCAGUACCGCGGCGAUGGCAUCGCGGCUCGGGGCCCGGGUUACGGCAUGCUGUCGAUCCGCGUGGACGGCAACGACGUGUUUGCCGUGUACAACGCCACAAAGGAGGCCCGCCGCAGAGCCGUCGCUGAGAACCAGCCCUUCCUCAUCGAGGCUAUGACGUACAGAAUCGGGCACCACAGCACCAGCGACGACAGCUCGGCCUACCGCUCGGUGGACGAGGUGAACUACUGGGACAAGCAGGACCACCCCAUCUCGCGGCUGCGGCACUACAUGACGGCACGCGGCUGGUGGGGCGAGGACGAGGAGCGGGCCUGGAGGAAGCAGUCGCGCAAGCUGGUCAUGGAGGCCUUUGAGAGGGCUGAGCGGCGCCUGAAGCCGCGGCCCGAGCUGCUCUUCUCGGACGUGUACCAGGAGAUGCCCACCAGCCUGGAGAAGCAGAAGGAGUCACUGUGGAGGCACCUGCAGCAGUACAAGGAGCACUAUCCCCUCGACCUGUACGACAAGUAACCACUCACUUGGGUAUAGUGGGAGAGGGGGGGCAUAAAAACAGAAGGGGGAGUGGGUGUCUAGGAUUGUUACAGUUUGAAGCACUAAGCACAGUUUCAAGGCUAAAUUUCUGUGCAUAGAAGUAUAUUGAAUUCACAUGUAUAUCGAUUUCUAUGGCUUUACAUGCAAAAGUGAGGGGAGAUUUGAGGAAUUAUUCAGCACUUUUUUAGCAUAUAAAGUCAGGGGAAAAGUUCUCAUCCUUGGUAAAUAACUGACACAAGAAGACUCCAUUCUCCAACGUUGGACUUUGAACAGAGGGAAUACCUGACUACUGACAGCCUGCUCCUUCCUAGGUGGAUUUCAGCACAGUAUGGUAGUUCUCUGUCAAUAUGUCAAGUUUGUGCAGUUAACUUGUGGCUAAUUUCGGGCCUACCGUUACCACAAAGCCUUUUGUAGCAAACACACACCAUCCAAUUUAAAAUCAAUGUUUCCUAUGGCUGAGGCUCUGCUGAGCAAAAUUUGAGCUUUUCAGUCAGUGCUAAUCAAUACUUGUUUAACUGUGGUGGUUUAUUGAUAUGCAGUUACUGUAACUCGGUGAUUUGAUGGACAUAGCUCUGUAGAACCAUGAAUGAAAACCUUAGACAAGUGGACCUAUUAUUUGUUGUCCAUACAUUCCUGAUAAGAUCACAGAGUAUGUUUGAUUUAAUCGGGUGCCUACAGUUGAUGAAAAACAUCAAACCCCAAGUCCAGUAUAUAACAGUAUAAUAUAUGCUUAAUUGGUUAAAACUUUGUAUUUUGGACCGAUGUCAACUGAAAUGUGUGUGGGAGUUGAGAACAGAUGGGGUGUGUUUUGUGUUUUUUUUUCCUAAUAUAGAUUGGGCCAGGGUGUUUAUUCUGCAAAGGAUUUCUCAACUGUUAAUUUACUGAACUGCCUGCAGCAAUAAUUGCAUCUAAAACUAUGUGUGUUGUGCAUACUGUUUGUAGGUGUGACUAGUUUAACCAUGGAGGGGAAAAGCAUCAUGUAUAUAAUGA